AGGAAAGGGAGGUCCGGGGGGCCGAAAGGUGCAGCAACACUCACUGCCAUUGCAGAUCUCGAAGGCAGCCGAAGCAGAGCAGUCUGUGCGUAGUGGAGAGUAUCUAUUGUGCGAGUACUGUGUGCGAGUCGGGAGGUCUCUUGCAAGAGAGGGCGAGCACUCACUGGCGGACGAGAGGCGUGUUUCGUUUUCAUCCGUGGCAGCAGGAGGCCAGGUGAGGCUAGCAGGGAGGAAAACUGGCAGUCUCGACUUGAUGAAUUGUCGUUGCGCUGAAUGCAGAUCUAAUGCGGCGGUGCACUGGAGAGAUGGGAGGGCAGAGCAGCAGGUGAGCCACUGAUCAUUCGAAUGGAUCAUUCACAGCCGAGCAUGUGCGUGUUGUGAUUAAUUGAUGCACAGGUUCGAGCAAGGGCCACCUGCCGAUGCUCCCGACAUUAACGACCUGUACCCACCCAUCGCACCCCCUCCACCAUACAGCCCGGAACUUGCGCCGUCCUCACUGCGCGUCAUGACGCUCGAGGAGGCGGCAGAUAGGCUUGUGCAAGCUGAGGAGGCGGCGAGAGAAGCCUCAGAGGAGGUGAGUGAUACACGCUCCCAAACACAGGCUUGUUUAUUAUGUCACCAUGGCCGUCUGUCUCCUUGUCCAGAACCGACAGUUGAGCGCCCAGGUGGCCACACAGGUGCGUACGCCAGAGGUCUCGACAUUGUCAUUCAUGUGCAACAUUGGAGUACGUGUGUGUGUGUGCAGGCCGCCCAGAUGCAGACGCUUCAAGCCAAAGUCGACACACAGGUAUGAAGCACACAUCGCACACACAGUAUGCAGCUUGCCAGCAGGACCGUCUGUUCCAAUGGUGGAUCGCAGGAGGCAGAGAUUCAGGCGCUGAAGGAGAGCCGCGCAGCCGACCGAGCCGCCAUCAAUGCGUCAAUCGAGCAGGCAAGUGGUACACGUGUCCUGUUUCCCUUGUCACACUGGCCGUGUAUGGUACCGUGGUUCAUAUGUCCAUUGCAGGGAUGGUCGCUUUACGGGCUGCUCACAUGUGAACAGCACGCAGCCCUGUCUGAGUUGCUGGGCGGCAAGCGACUCACUGUCGUCUACAGGUAGCCGGCGAAGCACACAUUCUUAUACUAGCAGCACAGUAGGCGCACACGUGUGUGUGCGUGUGUCUGUGUAUCAGGUCAUCGCGUGACGGCAUGACGUAUGCCGAUCUGCUCCGCUGUGUGGGCGACAAGACCGGCCUGGUGUUCAUCAUUCGGACGGGCCGUUAUGUGUUCGGCGCGUACAUCAGUGCCGGUCUGCAGCUGCCAGACGACCCGACCAGCUAUCGCACAUACGAUUCCGAUGUGUGGUGGUUCUCAUUGGCCGGCCACUUCCUCACACCGACCAAAAUCGAGAUCGACCAAGAUUUGCAGUGGGUGCGGGUGGCGGGGAGGGAGGCGGAUGAAUGCCGUGAGAAUGUGUGGAUCCAUUCGUAUCUGCGUCUGGGGUAUGGUGAGAGCUGUUUUGGCCAGCCUGCUGCCGACAUCCGCAGCUGCUCUCAGAACGCCUACAGCCAUAUAUCCCCAUCAGAAGGCUACAUGGGGACAGUUUUUGAUGAUGUCUUUCAUGAUGAAUCAUAUUGCCCCCAGCAUGCUUUGUUGGCUGGGGAGGCCGGCAGCUUUAUGGCUGACGAGAUAGUGGUGCUGCACUGAGGGAAUUGUGUCUGACUGUGUGCGAUUUUUAACGUCGAGUUUGCUGUCGGAUGAUCGUAUACUUUCUCGAUCUUUCUCAUAUGGUCUCGUGUGCGCGUGUGCGUGUGUCACUGAGUGCUGCACAGGACGCAUCGCCACGGUGUCGCACAUGACGUGUGUGUGCGAUGUUCUGUAGGCAUUAGACAUGCAUUUCGCUCGUAUUCUUUCAAUGCGUACUCCUGUCGAGCGAGAUGGUCACCUUGCUGAUUUUCAUGCGUGUGGUGAGGGGUAGAUGUCGUCUGUGUACCAUAGCUGGCUGUCGGCCGUGACUGUCAAGCCUUGAG